AAAAAUCGAGAAUAACUAUAAUAACUAUUUGAUUAUUAUUAAUUCCAAUUCUUAGUUUAUGAUCCAAGUAUGCCAGAUACUAUCCCCAUUGUAUUAUUCCUUCGACGCGGUAUACGGCGCCUUUAUGGACUCGUUCAAAUAUGGUUCCGUGCACUUCUUGUAGGAAUUGUAUGGUUAAUAGCAUUACCUUGGGCUACUGUAUGGAUAUGGAGGUUUUAUUACUGGAGCGGUGAAAGUAUCGCUUUUUUUAUCAACGGACAAAAGAUUCCCAAUAGAAUUUCAGAUAACAAUAUAGAAUCUCCGGAUGCAGUAAAAUUUGUGGAAUAUUAUGGUGAUUUAGCCAGGUUAGUUCUAUAUUACAAUAUCAACAAUUAUUUUAAUCAGGCUAAAUAAUUAUUAUUAUUCCAACAUUAUUAUAGCAAAGUAUUAUCAGACACGUU